CGGGCGAGAGAGGGGCCGAGCCGCCGCCGCGCCGCGGGAUGAGAAAGCGGAACGAGGCCGUGACGCUGGAGCAUGAGCGCCCCGCCGGCCCGCCCGAGCCGGGCUGCAGCCUGAGGCACAACCUGCGCCUGGCCGGGGCCCGGCCCCACGGCGAGCCGGCCAUGAAGCGGCCGCUCGGCAGGCGAAACGGAUUGUGGUUCCGAUUACGGAAGUUGUUAAUAUGGUUGUUGGGAGUAUACAUAGCCAUUCCAUUCCUAGUAAAAAUUUGUCCUGCUAUUCAGGUGAAGCUGGUCUUCUUAAAUUUUGUGAGGGUUCCAUAUUUCAUUGACUUGAAAAGGCCCCAGGAUCAAGGCUUAAACCACACCUAUAAUCAUUACCUUCAGCCAGAGGAGGAUGUAACCAUUGGAGUCUGGCACACAGUUCCUGCAGCCUUAUGGAAAGAUGCUCAAGGCAAAGGCCAGCCGUGGUAUGAGGACACUUUGGGAUCCAACUAUCCUGUAAUCCUUUAUUUGCACGGAAAUGCAGGAACUAGAGGAGGGGAUCACCGUGUGGAACUUUACAAGGUUCUAAGUUCCCUUGGUUACCAUGUAGUCACAUUUGAUUAUCGAGGGUGGGGAGAUUCUUUGGGAACUCCCUCAGAGAGAGGAAUGACCUAUGAUGCACUCCACGUUUUUGACUGGAUAAAAGCAAGAAGUGGAGACAAUCCUGUCUAUAUAUGGGGGCACUCCUUAGGCACAGGAGUUGCAACAAAUUUAGUGAGGCGUCUUUGUGAAAGAGAAACUCCUCCAGAUGCCCUCAUACUGGAAUCGCCAUUUACUAAUAUACGUGAAGAAGCAAAAAGCCAUCCGUUUUCAGUGAUAUAUAGAUACUUCCCUGGAUUUGACUGGUUCUUCCUUGACACUAUUACAAUGAGUGGAAUUAAAUUUGCAAAUGAUGAGAAUGUAAAAUACAUUUCCUGCUCGCUGCUUAUUCUUCAUGCUGAAGAUGAUCCUGUUGUACCAUUUCAUCUUGGAAAGAAGCUUUAUAACAUUGCUGCACCAUCUCGGAGUUUCCGUGACUACAAAGUACAGUUUGUUCCAUUUCACAGAGACCUCGGUUACAGGCAUAAGUACAUAUACAGGAGUCCAGAGCUACCUCGAAUACUGCGGGAAUUCCUGGGAAAAUCUGAACAUGCACAUCAUCACUGAAGACUGGCUGCUCAAUAGCAUUAAGGCUCUUCUUCUUUGUUCUUUUUCUUUGGGUCAGUCUGCCAUUCUUUAGCGCCUGGCACUGGCUAAGCCGGGAAAUCCUUCAUUUGUCCUGACCAUACCCUUGGAAACCCAGACUCCCGCAUCGGUGUCUAAGACAGGAGGAGGGGAAAGAAAUGAAGUUUUAACAUGGACAGAAAAACAAACCCAUGCACCAGUGCCAACCCAUUCAAAACUUGAGCACAACAAAGACCUACCAAUGCAGCGUAAUAAUGAAAAGAACAGAGGUUCCUAGAGAACAUGACUGGGACAAAUGGCACUUCUUCUACAUUUAAAAACAGCCUAACAUUUUGGAUCACAAAUGGACUGUGAUUUACCCACAGAAUGGUGGCUGUGACCAUCUUUAACUAUUGCAGCUGUCUUGCUUCAGUUCCAGGGUCUUUCCUUUAUAGAAAAUAUAUAUUUAGUUCAUCAUUUUCUCUCAAUAGUUCUAAUCAGGAAAGAGCUGAAGAUCAUGGGGAGUAUUGAUGCUUUAUUGAAAUCAGUUAACCUUUAAUUUGAUGUGUACUGCAAAAGCGUAAGGGUACUGGCAAGACAGACACAUUUUGAAAUAAAAAGGAUGUUUUUAAAGACAUAAGACACAUUUAAUGUGAUGGGGAUGUUGUAACACUUUUCCAUUCUCUCCCCAAUGUCCUUUCUGAGUAUCAUUCCUGCUCCAUCCAUGCACACCUCUGGAGUGUUCCUUUCCCCCUUCCCAUAUACCUAUGGUAGGAGUACUGGUAUCUUGAGUGACUUCAACAGAUGGGAUUUUAUUUUAGGGAAAGUUUUUUAAAAUUAUUGUCUGAGCUUCCCCCCUCUCUGAAUCAUAUGGGCCUAGAAUAUGUAGGAAUUUAUUUAAACAAUAAAUGUCUUCCAUUCUUCUUUAAUUAUAAAGAGACACAAGCACUUUCUCGGGGAUGAGAGGACAACGAUCCUUAAGAAACAUGCGUUUUUUUCCUCCUCAAACACUCUCGUACAUGUUUUAGCUCCGGUUGUCAGGCACAAAGGGAGAGGUGAACUUGUCAGUUCCUUAGGCAGAGCAAUUCCUGCAUAGCUAAAAGCAAGCAGCAG